AUGUACACACAGACACAUGUACACACACACACACACACACACACACACACACAUGUACACACACACAUACAUGUACAUACACGCAGAUACAUGUACAGAUACACACAUGUACAUACACACAGACACACACACACCCCAUAAAAAGUUGCAGUACUUCGUUGUUCACUCACAGAUCCGGGUACUGCACUCUAGGGGGAGGCAGAGAGCACAGCACACUCCUUGCUUUGCUUUCAUUGCACUCAGCUAUUGAGCAGUCUGAUGGCUCCCAGUGCCAAUGACAGAUCCGGCCUGCGCUCCAAGCCUGCUCAGCAUUUCAGCCCUGGGGGACACACUCACCCCCACCAUAAUUUCCGCCCACCAUUGGCGAGCAGGGGAGUGGAAAUUUCAAGCCCUGCUUCAGAGGAA